AUGUUCGCUACCCCAUCUGAUCAAGCAAAACAUCCUCUGCAAGUGGAUAGUCAGACAAUAGAAAUCGUAUCGGAAUUCAAGUAUCUUGGGUCCACCAUCCUACUCCAUGGACAAGCCAAAGAUGAUGUAAAGCGGUGCAUCCACACGGCCCGAACGGCGUUUCUGCAGCUCCGAACACCCCUAUGGUGCCGGAACGAGAUCAGCCUCAAAACCAAGCUCAAGGUGUUCGACCAGUCCUACUAUACGGCUGCGAAACCUGGCCGCUGA